AUGAAUACAUAUCCCCACCUUGCAUUUGUGUAUUUCAAUGGUGAGAAGCCGCCAUAUCAAUUUAGAGUCACUGACGACACACAUCCCGCCGCUUUGAUAUCCAAACUGAAUACUCUCUUGCGAUAUCUAGAAAAUCGAAGAGUUGUCAAGCUCAAGUAUCGUCCACCCUCGUUUGACACUGAAAAGAAGCUACAGUUCACCAACUUCGAAUUGAAGAAGAAUGAAGAUUUAGAGGUCACGUGGAGUACUUUUCGUCGUUAUGCAACAGAGGGUCCGAAUGAAGUGGAUGCGAAGAUUGCAAGACCCGUCGAAAAUAUUAUCAAUAUGUUGUAA